AUGCCCAUUUACUUGUUUCCUUUCUCCAACCCUCUUUUUGUUUUCUAAAGGUGUCAAAGCUACAUAGAACAAAAUCUAACAAGUGUCUCAGAAUUCUUCCUCACGGGACUCUCAGAUAAUCCAGGACUGCAGCCCCUCCUCUUUGGGCUCUUCCUGUCCAUGUACCUGGUCAGUGUGCUUGGAAACCUGCUCAUCAUCCUGGUUGUCAGUUCUGACUCUCACCUCCACACCCCCAUGUACUUCUUCCUCUCCAACCUGUCCUUGGCUGACAUCGGAUUCAUCUCCACCACUGUCCCUAAGAUGAUUGUGGACAUCCAAACUCAGAGCAGAGUCAUCUCCUAUGUGGGCUGCCUGACUCAGAUGUCUUUUUUGAUCCUUUUUGGAUGUAUGGAUGGUAUGUUUCUGACUGCAAUGGCAUAUGACCGAUUUGUGGCCAUCUGUCAUCCUCUACACUACUCAGUCAUCAUGAACCCACAUCUCUGUGGCUUCUUAGUUUUGGUGUCCUUUUGUGUUAGCCUUUUGGACUCCCAGUUGCACAAUUUAAUCGUGUUGCAACUUACCUGUUUCAAGGAUGUGGAAAUUUCUAAUUUCUUCUGUGACCCUUCUCAACUCCUCAACCUUGCCUGCUCUGACACUUUCACCAAUAACGUAGUCAUGUAUUUUGUUGGUGUCAUCUCUGGCUUUCUCCCUAUCUCAGGGAUCUUUUUCUCUUACUAUAAAAUUGUUUCUUCCAUUCUGAGAAUCCCAUCAACAAGUGGGAAGUACAAAGCCUUCUCCACCUGUGGCUCUCACCUGUCAGUUGUUUGCUUAUUUUAUGGAACAGCUAUUGGAGUAUACCUUGGAUCAGCACUGUUGCCUUCUCCCAGGAAGGAUAUGGUGGCCUCAGUUGUGUACACCGUAGUCACCCCCAUGCUGAACCCCUUCAUUUACAGCUUGAGGAACAGGGACAUCAAGAGUGCCCUAUGGAGGUCACUCAGAAGACUAGGUUAAUCUCAGUAUGUGUGCAUUCCUUUUUGAAGUGU